AUGGACGCCGCUCAGGAACGAGAACGUAGUCGACGAGGCUCAUCGCAAAAGUCCAUGCUAUCGAAGGCUCUCCAAAAAGCUAAUACGGCCGUGCUCCUGGAUAACGCCGCAAACUAUGAAGGCGCCAUCGAUGCAUACUCGGAUGCCUGCGAUCUUCUUAUGCAGGUAAUGCGCCGCACUGACGGCGGCGAUGAAAAGCAGAAACUUGAAGAAAUCCGUACUACCUAUACUACCCGAAUUACUGAACUUCGGCGACUUGGUCUUUCGUCCAGAUCGGGUGGGAAAGCGUUGCCCGAAAGGCCUUUGAGCGAUGAAUCCUUGUCCCCUAGUGCAUUUUCUUUCCGAUCCGAUGUCCAUGAUGAGUUGGACGAGGAUGACCCAUAUGUUAUCGAGACGGCAACUGCUACUCGAAUACUCAAUAAUCCUUCUUAUAUGACCGACCCUUCUGAACCACGCACCUUACCUCCCUCACAGAUUCCUCCGCGUCGGCAGUCUUUAUUACCUUCAGCAUUUGACGACGAAGUUCGUUUUUCUAGACCCAAAAAGCCCAGCUUGCUCCGUGCAGGUUCAUCCUCAAACCUACCGACGCUGGCCGAACAAUUGGAUGAAAGCUCUCUUUCCGGUGAUAGAAACUCGGAGGGUAACGCGUUUCACCAUCAGAGUCCCUCACGAGAUCCACCUCUACCUCCCCGUACGGUUAGCCAGCAAUCAGAAUACCGAAAUCAAUUGUCCUCUCACUUACAACCGGACUUCAACAACGAAUCUACCUCCUGGUUGGAUAAUGGUGAUUCCGGGGGAUCUUCGGCUUCCUCCCUUCGCUCGAGGUCAUCCUCUCUCUAUCUACGAAAGAGAGAUCGCAUGGCUAGCGGAGGAACAGAGGCUGCAUUCGAUGCUGCACUGGAUGCGGCCGUAGAGGCAGCAUAUGAUGAGGGGUUGGAACCGGCCGACGAUUCAGACGAUAUGUCAGCAGAUGAUGAUAUAGUUUUGAAUGUGAGAAGAAACGUGGAACGAGCUAAGCAAAAAGUUCGUGAGGCUGAAAUGGAAGCCGAAGCUAUCUCUGCUAAGGAGAGAGAAACGAGGCGGAUUCAAGAGGAAGCUUUUCAUGGUAACUACGGCGCGUUAAACGCGAGCUACGAAGAUGGAGAAGCGGAAGAGGAGGAACUAAUAUUGGAAGAAAUGAUGGAUGUCUUCGACUUUGACUUGCAAUCCAAGUCGGCCCUACCACGGCAGUCUGGCUCCAGUGGGUUUUCAGGCCGAACUUGGGGAAGUUCGAUAGCGUCCAACGCUGCAACUACCGGAACAUCACUAUCUACCCUUGCAGAAGAAGAAAUUCCACCCACGGAUAUUAAAUUAGCUGAAUCAUCACAGAAUCCUCCACCGUCACAACCGUCCUCCACCGCUCCGGCUCCUUCUACACCAUUGCCACCUCCACCAGCACCCCCACCACCACCUCCUCCACCUCCUCCGCCUCCUCCUUCUGCAGCACUGCCAUUUAGUCUCCCAUCCUCCCUACCACCUCUUCCAACACCCACCCAACCCACAAUCACACCUAAUAGUCCGGUGGCUCCCAGUGUAAGGGCAAGGCGACUGUCUGGCUGGAACGCAAAGGAAUUAUCCAUCGAAACAAAUGGACGAUUGCCGCUAGGUGCCGAGGCUCCUCUUACGGUCCCUGGGUCAAGAACGGGGCACAUGUCACCGUCCCUACUACCCAAAGAUGUGUCCACAACUGGGUUUACAGCUCCAUGGCAAAAUACAGAACCCAAAUCCGCUUUCCCAAUACAGCGUCUGAAAUACAACCAUGCUGCUGCAGGCUCAGCUGAAUCCCUUCCAAUACAGUCCCCGGUGGCCCCUUUCCCAGAUUUGCAAGCAGACGAGGAUGAAGAUGACAGUAUGGAUCAUCGGUCCAGUGGCCAUACAGUUAGCAAAGUAGCUUCCGCACCGGACACGUUAAGAAAGGAUACUAUAUUUUCACAAUCCAAGUCGGCGCGAGGGAAACAGUUAUCCAUCUCUACUGAAGAUACCGGCAGGGUCCCGGAGAGCCCGUUGGUAUCUGCAUUUCCUGCUUCCAUGCGAAAAGGCCCCCAUAUGUCUGUCUCAACUGCAGGAAGCCCGUCUGUUGGGGCCCCUCACCAUAUUUUUGAUGGGACGUUUCAUUCCGCAAUGGCACCUGGUUGCCCCGACUCAUCUACCCCAAACCCCCCUGCGGCUCUGGAACCCUGUCCCCAGUCAUUUUUGCUCCGUCCAUUCUGGCUAAUGAGAUGCAUUUAUCAAAGUAUCACUCAUCCGCGGGGGGCUUAUCUAACAACGAAACUUUUUGUUCCACGGGAUGUUUGGCGGGUGAAGAACGUCAAGCUCAAGGCGGUUGAGGAAAAGAUCUCAAAUUGCGAUCUUCUCACGGCUGCAUUAUUGAAAGUAGCGCAAGUUGACACCAACGAUGCUGACGCAGUUCUCGAAGAAAUGCAAUCCCUGGAUACCAUUCUCGAUCAGGUUCAAUUGGCAUUGUCAAAAAAGCUAGGUAACGAAGUCGGCGUCAAUGGUGCGAUGCACCUCUUCAAAUCAGCAUCAUCAGAGGAUUCUUCGACAUUUAGCGAGCAGUCUUCACGAUCAUCGAGUGGGGGAAGUAGAUCUUACCUCACUCCGUUUAGAAAAUUGCGGUCAAAGAGCUCGGGGCCUAACGCCGGACCGUCUACCUCUGCGACUAAGGAGGCUAGCAAGGAUAACCUAACCAUGCACUCGUUGCCGAUGAAUACGACGUUAAAUUUACGUGCCCCAAAACGAAAUUUGCCGGAAUUGAAAUGCACAGGACCGAAUGCUAACUACAUGAAUGCAUUGGCAAGAUUGUGCGAUGCUGCGCAGGUACUUGAUCAAAUUGCCCGGCAAGUCGAGGACCCUGGGUUAAAGCACACAUCCGAGACACAAGUGGGUCUAGAACUAUGCGCACGCCAUGCUGCGGAGUUUUUUGGCUUUUAUGUUUGUCGAUUUGCUCUGAAUGACAUAGGAUUGAUGAUAGAUAAAUUCAUUAAACGUGGGAGCGAAUGGGUCUUGGUUUAAGGUGUGAGCUCUUUUUUUGGCUUUUCCUUGUUCCCGGGCUUUUUUUUUCUAUUGGGGUAUCCUUUUUGGUUGGUAUUUUUGGUUGCUUUAUAUUUGAUUAUUGAAAGAUAAUAUAGUAAUAUAUAUACACUAGAUAGGGGGG